AUGCGCGGCGCUGCGCUCCUCCUCCUCCAGCUGUUCAAUGAAAUUACCGGUGCGGCCGCGUCACUUCCGGUGCGGCCGCGUCACUUCCGGUAUAGCAAUCUGACAAGGUAUAGCAAUCUGACGGAACAGGUGAAGUCCUGGUCGCUAUGGCUUAGAUGGCAGCGGAAGUGUGGCCGCCGUUUCCAUGGUGACCGAACUGUAGGCCUACGAGAGAAUUGCCCCCCCUUGAAAUAG